UCCUCUGGAAGUUACAUUCAUUUAAUUAUACAACCUCGCUAGAAACUUUUUUUUUUUGUUUAAAAUUACUCUUUACCUAGCAACUAGCAAGUCUCUUACCUCCCUCCCCCCCCAGGAAAUGUCAGAAAUGGUUUGGACUACUAGUGCUCAGUCUUCAACCUCCGCCCGGGAACUGCAGCUGAAACCGCCGCGUUCUGUAGUCUUCCCUGAGACUCCCGAUCCUGAGAAGAGAAGGUGGCGGGAGAGAGUGAGCUGAAAGUGGACUGGCAGCCGGGCGAGAGCCAGCGAAAGUAGUGUCCAGUUAGCAAAGGCAGUCGUGGUGGCGGCAACACGAGCUGAAGCUCGGAGGCUGCCUCUGACUGGGACAUGGCCCUGCCAGGUGGCAACAAGGACAGUAUCAGAGCAGGAUGUAAAAAAUGUGGCUAUCCUGGUCAUCUGACUUUUGAAUGCCGUAAUUUUCUCCGAGUAGACCCCAAAAGAGACAUAGUUUUAGAUGUCAGCAGCACAAGUAGUGAAGACAGCGAGGAAGAGGCUGAGGAACUCAAUAAAUUGCAGACAAUACCUGAGAAAAAUACAAAUGAAGAAGAAGAAAAGAAAAAACAAAAAAGAAAAAACAAAGAGAAAAUUAAAUUAAAAAAGAAAAGGAAAAGGUCUUAUUCAUCUAGUUCUACUGAAGAAGACACUUCUAAACAAAAGAAACAGAAAACCCAGAAGAAGGAAAAAAAAAGGGAGAAAAAAAGCAAAACAAAAAAAGGAAAACAUCACAAGAAGGAGAAAAAGAAGCGAAAAAAGGAAAAACGUUCUUCAUCUUCGGAUAGUUCAGACUCUUCUAGUAGUAAUUGAGAUAUCCACCCAUUCUUCUGACAUUUUAUGUUUAAGAGAUUUGAAUUUGCUUCAGUAAUUUUGCUUUGUAUUAAAAUAUAUCUUCCAGGAAAGCAUUCCUCUAUGUUUAACACCAACACUGCUUUUAACCUACCUGAAUUAAUAACGAUGAAGUAAUAAGGAUUAUUAUAUUAUUAUAAGGCAAUCUUGUUAAGAGCCAUAUCUUAUUCAUACUCCUUAGUGUGCUUUUCUUUUCUGUUAACAUUGCUUUAGAAAUUUAUUGUGAAGUAUCAUCAUAAUCAACAGAAAAAGAACUAUCUAUACAAUUAGCCUACCUGAUUGUGGAUGCUAUUACCAAAUGUCUAUUCACCUUCCCAGGGAGCAAAUCUAGGAAGUAAAAAAUUUUCUUAUGAAGCAGAUUCCUCCAGACAUUCAGCAUCUUUCCCCAAAUACUGCAAAAUCAAGUAGCCUUACAUUCUAUUAUGUAAGUAAUAGUUUAGUAUUUUUAUAGACACAGACUUUUUGAAUGAUAGACAGAAAUAAUAUUUCCUUAUGAGUCUCUUUUUUUCCUUAAAUAAAUGGAACAUACAGAAAAGUAUGAAAUGCAAGAGCUUUGUUCUAAGUUUUACCCUUAUGUGAAACAAUUUUUAGUAACUGCCUAGUUUGAGUUUUUCUCCCAGCUGUAGUGUUUUCUUAUUCUUUAAAGACCAAUCCAUUUUGAGCAUUUAUUCCUAACAUUGCUGCUCUACUUAAAAUUUAAAGAUAAUAUUUUUUGAUCAGUAUUUAUAGCAAUAACAGCUGUGUUGUUUUAUAAAUGUGCCACAUUGGCCUUAGAACCUUCAUUCGGGUUAAUUUUUUUUUUUGUCAGAUGGAAUAUCAAAUUUUUAUUAAGCUUGUUUCUAUUAGAGUAGUGCAGGAAUUUUUAUAUUUGAAAUUAUAUACUACAUUUUGUGAAAUAAUUUUUAAAUACUUUUGAAACAUUUGACAUUAAUUGUUGAGAGUUCAUAAAUGACUAGUUGGAAUAGAAGAGACUUGAUUUUUCAUUUGUCCAUAAAAUUUAGCAGAUGCAUAAAAGAUUUUUAAUAAGGUGUCAGUGAAGAAAGAUUGAAGAUCUUUACCUUAUCAUCUGUUUGGAAAAUUAAGAGCUACAGAGCCUUAUAAAUAAUUUAUCCUCAUUGGAUAGAAUCUUCUUACAAAUAUAAAUUAUAUAUUUUAGUAUUCUCAACCACAAACUAGCAGGCUUAAGUAACCUAUCCUAAAUUUUUUUCUUUAAUAAUGGCCAACAUUUUUUAUGGUUAUGAUCAAUAAAUUAAAGAUUUAUCACAUUGUAUCAGCA